AUGAAAGUUUUCAAACUUCUAUUUCUCGGAUUACUGCGCCAGUUGAGUGCUUCUUCAUCUACACCAACCAAAGUGACGUCAGAAGACUCUGUCUUCCUGCGAAUCGCCACAUCUCUCGAUGCUCAUUCACAGCAGCUGAACACUUUUGCUGAGCUCAUAAAUCCAACAAAACCAAAUUCGGCACUUGGAAAAUAUUUCCUUCUAGACGAUUCCAUAAUCUCUGAAUUGACAAAUGUGGAUGAGACGCAUGCAGCUAGAAUUAUGAAGGAAUUGGCCGAUUCGAAAUACAAUUUGACGGCAUUCAAUGAGAAAAGCGAGAGAUUUAAAAUGUUUGCGAAGCUACACCAAUUAAUAAAUACUACCGUAAUCCCUGUUAAAUCAGAGAAGGAUGAAGUGGCAGCGAUAAUUGGAGGAUGGGACAAUUGCGAUAUACUGGAUUUGAAUCUAUUGAAAUUCCACGAGAACACAUUGGACAGUUUGACGUACUCGGAAGACGGAGGUGUUGCACACAGUAAGGUUCGAGGAGCUGCUGAUGCUUUGGCGGCGAUUCCAACUCUUCUGAAGGCUAUCACGGAUGGAAUUACAAAGUUGGAUGGGCGUCAUCGAGUUAUGGAGAUUUUCGGAGAUUUCGCAUUUUUGGUUUUGAGUCUGAAGAAUUAUAAGGAAAAAAGUCCACUUCGUGAUGAUGAUGUGGCAAAUUUAUCGAAACUUUUUUCGAAAUCUCAAUCAUAUCGAACUGGCAACAGAGUCGCUAUGAUGUUGAAAGAAUUGGCUCAUGCUUCAAACUUUCCACAGCAUAUGGGAAUACAACUGAAACAGAAUCUCGACGGUGAAUCUCUUCGAAAAGUUCUGAACAAAGGAGAAACCUUAAGCUGCUGA